AUGGACUCAGAAGAUGAUCCCUUGCUGCAGGAUGCGUGGUUAGAGGAGGAGCAGGAGGAGGAGGAAGCGACAGGCGAGGCCCUUAGUGGUGCCCAAAAGCCAAGGCCCCACCGUGGGGCAGGCAGGCAGUGUUGCUGGCGGGGCUGGACCUGGCCCUCCCGGCCCCCAGCCUCAGGCUUCUGGAGUACCCUGGGGUGGGCCUUCACCAAUCCGUACUGUGCAGGGCUGGUGCUCUUCCUGGGCUGCAGCAUCCCCGUGGCCCUCUCUGCCUUCAUGUUCCUCUACUACCCGCCACUGGACAUUGACAUCUCCUACAAUGCCUUCGAGAUUCGCAACCACGAGGCUUCUCAGCGUUUUGAUGCCCUCGCCCUGGCACUCAAGUCCCAGUUUGGGUCCUGGGGUCGCAACCGGCGCGACUUGGCUGACUUCACCUCUGAGACGCUUCAGCGCCUCAUCUCAGAGCAGCUGCAGCAGCUGCAUCUAGGCAAUCGCUCCCGGCCCGCCGCCAGGGCCCCGCACACCGUCGUAGUCGGUGGCCCAGGCUUCUCGUGGGACAUCUCUGCGGCCCAAAAGCCAGCAGCCAAUAGGAGCGGGCGUCUUCGGCGUGAGACCCCGCCUCCGGUGGAUCUAGCGGCCAACCAGAGUGAAUCCUCGCCGAACCCAAGGACCGACCACAAUGGGCGGCUCCAGCCCAGCGCCCCGCCCCCCGCGGCGGCCGCAGCCAAUCAAAGCCGAGCUCGCCGGGGCGCCUCGCGUUGGGACUACUCGCGCACUUAUGUGAGCGCCAACACCCAGACUCAUGCGCACUGGCGCAUCGAGCUCAUCUUCCUGGCGCGUGGCGACGCCGAGCGCAACAUUUUCACCAGUGAGAGGUUGGUCACGAUCCACGAGAUUGAGCGCAAGAUCAUGGACCACCCGGGCUUCCGGGAGUUCUGCUGGAAGCCUCACGAGGUCCUUAAGGACCUGCCACUCGGCUCCUACUCCUACUGCUCCCCGCCCAGCUCACUCAUGACCUACUUUUUUCCCACUGAGAGAGGUGGCAAGAUAUACUAUGAUGGCAUGGGCCAGGACCUGGCCGACAUCCGGGGCUCCCUAGAGCUGGCCAUGACUCACCCCGAGUUCUACUGGUAUGUGGAUGAGGGCCUUUCAGCAGACAACCUCAAGAGCUCCCUUCUGCGUAGUGAGAUCCUGUUUGGAGCACCCCUGCCCAACUACUACUCAGUGGAUGACCGCUGGGAGGAGCAGCGGGCCAAGUUUCAGAGCUUCGUGGUCACCUACGUGGCCAUGCUGGCCAAGCAGUCUACUAGCAAAGUCCAGGUUCUAUAUGGGGGAACAGACCUCUUUGAUUAUGAGGUACGCAGAACUUUCAACAAUGACAUGCUCCUGGCCUUCAUCAGCAGCAGCUGCAUCGCUGCCCUCGUCUAUAUUCUCACCUCUUGCUCAGUGUUCCUGUCCUUCUUUGGGAUUGCCAGCAUUGGCCUUAGCUGCCUGGUGGCACUCUUCCUGUACCAUGUGGUCUUUGGCAUCCAGUACUUGGGCAUCCUCAACGGGGUGGCUGCUUUCGUGAUAGUGGGCAUUGGUGUGGACGACGUCUUUGUGUUCAUCAACACCUACCGCCAGGCCACCCACCUAGAAGACCCGCAGCUACGAAUGAUCCACACCAUUCAGACGGCUGGCAAGGCUACCUUCUUCACCUCCCUGACCACGGCCGCUGCCUAUGCAGCUAACAUCUUCUCCCAGAUCCCCGCCGUCCACGACUUUGGGCUAUUCAUGUCUCUCAUCGUGUCCUGCUGCUGGCUGGCCGUGCUCUUCACCAUGCCUGCCGCCCUGGGCAUCUGGAGCCUUUACAUGGCGCCACUGGAGAGGUCCUGUCAGACCAGCUGCCACCAGAACUGCAGUCGCAAGAGCUCUCUGCACUUUCCCAGGGAUGUGUUUGCUGCUCCUGAGCAGGCAGGGGACAGCCCUGCCCAGGGCCCCAUCCCCUACCUAGAUGAUGACAUCCCCUUGCUGAGUGUGGAAGAUGAGCCAGUGUCGCUGGAGCUGGGAGAUGUAUCCCUGAUGUCUGUGUCCCCUGAGGGCCUGCAGCCAGCCCCCGACAGGGGCAGCCGGGGCCAGCUCAUCGCCCAGCUGCAGGAGCUGCUGCACCACUGGGUCCUGUGGUCGGCUGUCAAGAGCCGCUGGGUUAUCAUGGGCCUCUUUGUCUCCAUCCUCAUCCUGUCCUUGGUGUUCGCCAGCCGGCUCCGUCCCGCCAGCCGGGCCCCGCUGCUCUUCCGGCCUGACACCAACAUCCAGGUGCUGCUGGACCUCAAGUACAACCUAAGCGCAGAGGGCAUCUCCUGCAUCACCUGCUCAGGUUUGUUCCAGGAGAAGCCCCACAGCCUGCAGAACAACAUCCGGACGUCCCUGGAGAAGAGGAAGCGGGGCUCGGGGGUUCCCUGGGCCAGCCGGCCUGAGGCUGCCCAGCAGGAGUCCCUGGGCACUGUGUACGUCUCCAAGGUGAAGAGUAAAGGCCACCCGGCCAUCUACAGGUUCUCCCUCAACACCAGCCUGCCUGCCCCUUGGCAGACCGUGUCCUCCGGGGAUGGGGAGGUGCCCGCCUUCCAGGUGUAUAGAGCGCCUUUUGGUAACUUCACCAAGAAGCUGACCGCUUGUAUGUCUACAGUAGGGCUGCUCCAGGCGGCGAGCCCCUCCCGCAAGUGGAUGGUGACGACCUUGGCCUGCGACGCCAAGCGGGGCUGGAAAUUUGACUUCAGCUUCUACGUGGCCACCAAGGAACAGCAGCACAGCCAGAAGCUCUACUUUGCCCAGUCCCACAAGCCCCCCUUCCAUGGGCGCGUGUGCACGGCACCUCCUGGCUGCCUGCUCAGCUCUAGCCCCGAUGGUCCCACCAGAGGCUUCUUCUACGUGCCCAGUGAGAAAGACCCCAAGGCCCACCUCUCGGCCACCUUUGGCUUCAACCCCUGCGUGAAUACAGGCUGUGGGAAGCCCGCCGUGCGGCCGUUGGUGGAUACAGGGGCCAUGGUCUUCGUGGUCUUUGGCAUUAUCGGCAUCAACCGCACCCGGCAAGUGGACAACCAUGUCAUCGGAGACCCGGGCAGCGUCAUCUACGACGGCAGCUUCGACCUCUUCAAAGAAAUUGGGAACCUGUGUCACCUCUGCAAGGCCAUCGCAGGGAACACAGAGCUGGUGAAGCCGGGUGGGGCCCAGUGCCUGCCCUCAGGCUACAGCAUCUCCUCCUUCCUGCAGAUGUUGCACUCUGAAUGCAAGGAGCUGCCUGAGCCCAACCUGCUCCCAGGGCAGCUGUCCCACGGGGCGGUGGGCGUCAAGGAGGGCCGCGUGCAGUGGAUCUCCAUGGCCUUCGAGUCGACCACGUACAAGGGCAAGUCCUCCUUCCAGACCUACUCGGACUACCUGCGCUGGGAGAGCUUCCUGCAGCAGCAGCUGCAGACGUUCCCUGAGGGCUCGGCCCUGCGCCACGGCUUCCAGACCUGCGAGCACUGGAAGCAGAUCUUCAUGGAGAUCAUAGGGGUACAGAGCGCCCUGUAUGGCCUGGUCCUCUCCUUGCUCAUCUGUGUUGCUGCGGUGGCCGUGUUCACCACCCACAUCCUGCUCCUGCUGCCCGUGCUCCUGAGUGUCUUGGGCAUCGUCUGCCUGGUGGUGACCAUCAUGUACUGGAGUGGCUGGGAGAUGGGCGCUGUGGAGGCCAUCUCCCUGUCCAUCCUGGUCGGCUCCUCCGUGGACUACUGCGUCCAUCUGGUUGAGGGCUACCUGCUGGCCGGAGAGAACCUGCCCCCUCACCAGGUCGAGGACCCCCGCUCACAACGCCAGUGGCGGACACUGGAGGCUGUGCGGCACGUGGGCGUGGCUAUCGUCUCCAGCGCCCUCACCACGGUCAUCGCGACAGUGCCCCUGUUCUUCUGCAUCAUCGCCCCCUUUGCCAAAUUCGGCAAGAUUGUCGCGCUCAACACAGGCGUCUCCAUCCUCUAUACGCUCACCGUCAGCACCGCCCUGCUUGGCAUCAUGGCACCCGGCUCCUUCACCCGCACCAGGACUUCCUUCCUCAAAGCCCUGGGCACUGUGCUUCUGGCGGGGGCCCUGGGGCUGGGCGCCUGCCUUGUGCUUCUCCAUCAUGGUUACAAGAUCCCACUGCCCACUGGGGCCUCCCUAUAG